AUGGCUCCGAACGCCGAUGUUGUGACAGCUGCUUCACGUGAGCCACCGAGAGCGAUCGUUUUCGAGACAUUCGAUGAUGGUAAUCAAGCCUCAUCGAGGCGCCGAUCAUCGUAUGAGUCACGAAAACGUUCCACUGCCGCUGAACUGGCAACACGCAGCAUAAACGCAACCGCAAAUAGCACAUCAUUCGACGUUUUUCAACAGACAAACACUCGAAAACCUGUAUGUGGAACCACUUCGAUCGUUCACGCGAAUCUCUGCAAAAUAAUAGACACAUUUUGA